AUGCCUCUCGUCGUCCCAGGUAUCACCGAUAACUCCCAGGACAAGACUGCGGAGUGGACGACCAAGCUGAUGGGCAAGACCGUGUCUGAAAACGACCACAGCGAGACCAAUUUCUGCAAGAAGGACCUCCCGCAGGAAAGCCGUAUAAUCCAGCCGGGAAUGAUGGUAACUCGUGAUUUCAGACCUGACCGUCUGAACGUCCAUGUCAAAGAAGACGGCACCGUCCACCACGUCCAGCACGGCUAA